AUGAAAUCCACUACAAACUCAAGAAAAACAACCUACAAUGGUUAUGGCUUACCUCAAGGCUUCGCUCAAGUUGAUUUCCAACAUUCCAUAAGCUCAAAAAUCCCAUCAAUGGCUACCCUCUUGAAGACCCACAAAAAUGGCACAAGAAUGGUGGAUCUCUUGCUCUCAAAUCUUAGCUUCUUAGUAGUUAAAGAGAUGAAGAGUGAGGAAAUGGGGUUAAUAGAGGAAACCAAGUGUAAUGGAAGCUUCUCCUUGACUCUUAUGGUGGAGUUUAAACAAAGAGAAAUGAAAGGGGAAAAGGAGAUGAGGGAGACGAUGGGGAAGGAGAAUGGAGAGGAGAGAAGAAGCUUUUAUGAUAAAAGUUCAGGAGACAAUUCUCCAAAGCACUCUGCAAUUAACAUGACCAUUACAAAUUCAUGUCCUCUGUUCUUCCUCUGUUUCAUAAUGCCCCUUCUUGUAUUUUGUGAUGUGGGAAUCCAUUCAGGUACCAUAACAAAACCUCUUGCUUUUCUCUCUAACCCUUCCUCAGAGACUGAAGCUUACAUAAUAUUGGCAGGUCAUGAAGACACAAACGGGUCCAUAACAGUGUCACUGAAAGCUGAACAUGCACACCCCACGUCCAGAAAAUUUUUGUUGCAUAAUGGUUCUUGCACAAACAAAGACAUAAGCAUCUCACAAAGCAAAGGUUCUACAUCUGGAAUCCCACAGUACAUUGUGCAAAUUGUUAAUACCUGUGUUUCUGGUUGUGCUCCUCAUGACAUUCACCUCCACUGUGGCUGGUUUGCUUCUGCAAGAAUAAUCAACCCCAAAUUGUUCAAGAGGCUCUCCUAUGAUGAUUGCUUGGUGAAUGGAGGGAAGCCUUUAGCUUCUAGUGAGAUCAUUAGAUUCACUUAUUCCAAUUCCUUCAUGUAUCCUCUUACAUUCAAGUCUGCCAAGUUUUGCUGA